UCACCAACAAACAACUUGAGUAGCACUACACAUUCACAGUCGCAUAACUUCCGUUACAGUUGUUAAUAUGGAUGAACCACCUCGAAAGCGCAGGAAGACGUCAUCCCCGGCGCAAGCUCCCUCCAGUCCAUUACGAAAGCCGCCGCGAAGACCAUCUUUUGCAUCGCCGACCAAAGCGAGUCUUGCGCGCAAUUAUCACAAUUUGCUACCCACUCGCACACCACCUCCCGACGACGUUCGAGCUCGAGGGAAGCAAGCACGUGCUUUUGUGUUUGGCGAGGAUGGACUUCCACCAAAAGAAAGAGAAAACGUAGGAGAUGAAGAGGUGGAACUACCAACAACGCCGUCACAGAGAGGACUCGAGGAACAGGAGGGCCCACGUAGAGGAGUUCUGUCCUUUUCGCCAAGCAAACGUCCACCGCGCGGACCUAGCGUAGUAAAACGAUCUCCACUGGCAAAAGCACCUGCUGUCCAACAAAAUCAGCUUACUCGGCCUGUGGAAGAAGCGUUGGACGGGGAAGGCCCUGAUCAGACGAAGAAGGCCAGGAGACCUCCUCUGGACCCUGAACACGAGAAGAGAAAGCAAGAGAAGGCACGGCUGCAACGCGAGGUACAAGAGCUGGAAGCACAAGUGUCGAGAUGUACAAAUGAGAUUGUAGCCGAACAACGACGUGGAGCGGACGAUGCGCUGCUGCCUACCCAGCGUGCCGACCUGAUCAAGUUCCUUAUCAAGAUCAGCGGAGCAGAUGCACAAGAUGAGCGGCCAACGCCAGUCUCAAGCCUUCUGUGCUCUUUCCUCCCAUUCUCAAGCCUGGCCGUACCACCUCCAAAACAGAAACGACCGGAGAAACCAAUCGCGUCACAUCGACCGUUAGACCUACAAGACCCGUUGCCUUACCUCGAAAUGUUCACGUCCUUCAACUUCUCCACACAGCUUGGUCUGCCACGAGGCAAAGUCCUCCUCUCCUCGAAACGCGUCCACCAGAAGCACACAAUCGACAUCAACGGCCCUCAGAAGCUCCUCACCGCACAAUUAGCUCUCAACAUCGACUGUCUAUCCAACGAGGUCAUCGACUUGCACAUUCUUCGCCUGCCGUCCUGGGCCGAACGCGAGUUAGGAACGUUCAUGCGCACAAAAGCGAAAGAGAAGGAUCUGGGCAAUGCAUGUUGGGCCAUCGACUCAUUCUGGGACAUUGCAGUGAAGCGCGCCAACUUCUGGCAUAGAUGUGAGAUGGAAUUCGCCCGGUUCCUCCCAAGGCAGACAGCUGCCAACACAGAAAACAUACCAGCCACAAGCACAGAAUCCUCCACCCUCUCACGGAAAGAUCUCAGCCGCCACCUCGGGCGAGACGUGUUCAUUCUCCAAGACAAGCACGUUCUGCUCAAGAUCAACUGGCGCAUUGUAUUCGACUGGACCGGUGAAGCAGAGUCGAAUGUCGAUGUGGAAUGCGCUGUGCCCGCUGUGUGGGAAGAAGCAGAUGCGAGCGAUACGUUUCGCAAGAUCCCAGACACAUUUGACUCGCUUUUACGGACGAAGGGUGCGUUUGAGGCUACGAGGAUUAUGGUUGCAUUGCUGUUCUCGCAGUGAGUGGCAAGGAUGGUGUUGUCUUGUAUAGUGCAUUCUGAGAUACCCAAUGCAGUUCUUUCUAUCUGAUGAAGGUGUGUCCUUCAGGUCAUGCUGCGAUGAUCCCCGGAUGCUGAACAUGGCCGCUUGGCUGCCUUCAACACUUUCAAUUGAUUCUAUUU